AUGGAUCCAGAACAACAGGACACGCCCAUCCAACAACGUCUCCAUCUCAUCGCCAGUGAUCCUCACAACGACUAUCCGUAUCAUGAGCUCUCUCACAAUCCAUUCGAAUUCUCUCCCUCCGAUCUCUUCGACUCAAUAGGCUCCGCCCACUUCAGGCCACGCCCCUUUGAGGAGUUGGCUCCGUCGGCCGACUGUCUAAAUGCAGAGCUCCGUUCUAUGUCCCAACGGAUGCGUGUUGUUCAGAGACAUCGACGUGUCCGAGAUGGACCGCCCACCGAUGACGAAGCCCCGCCCACUACACUCCAACGUCUUCUCGAGUUGGCUCAACCAUCGGACUCCGUCAAUGAGCAUCCACCAGACGAACAAGCUCCGCCCCCACCGGCUCAAAUAAGCUCCGCCCCCUCCGGCUCCGCGGCAACACCUCAAUCAACUUAA